AUCAGACUUUAUCCUGGUUUUCCUUCAGAAACACGGACAGGCUGCACAGAUCAGACCUGUCAAAACCUCUCCUCGACAAAUGAAGCAGGAACAGUUGUAUAAAAGACGACUUUAAAGACUUCAUGCGACUUUGUAUUUUAAUCGUUUUUUGGCUUCACUUCACAUAACUCACAUGAGUGAACUGGAGGUGCCCCGGUGGUCAGUUUCACUCAGCCAGGAGAGCACACGCAGAGAUCGAUGAUAACAACAAGUCUUCUGAUUGGUUCGAGGGUUGAGUGACAGCUGGAGGUUUGUCAGGAUGGGCCGGAAGUUGGAUCUGUCUGGGCUGACGGACAACGAGGCGGAGCAUGUGCUGCAGGUGGUGCAGAGGGACAUGAGGCUGCGCAAGAAAGAGGAGGAGCGCCUCAGUGAUCUGAAGCAGGAGCUGGAUGAGGAGGGCAGUCGCUGCCUCCUGCUGUCACGGCAGAGUUGCUUCAACCGGCGCUGCUGCAUCCGCUGCUGCGCGCCCUUCAACUUCCUUCUCAACCCCAAGCGCCCGUGCCACGACUGCCACUUCAACGUCUGCAAGGCCUGCUGCGUCUACAGCAAGCGGGACAAAACCUGGCUCUGCUCCGCCUGCCAGAAGAGCAGGCUGUUGAAGACACAGUCUCUGGAGUGGUUCUACACUAAUGUGAAGACGCGCUUCAAGAGGUUCGGCAGCGCCAAAGUGCUGAAGACUCUUUACAGGAAACACCUGGCGGAGCACAGCGUGCUUUCAGAGCUAACAGAGGGCAGCGGCUACGAGGAGAGUAUCUGCAAUGAAGGCAGCAUCAGUGGGAGCGACUCAGCCUUCUACAGACAAACUGGAGAGCACAGCAUGGCAGAGACCCUCACUGUGGCCUUGCGGGUGGCAGAGGAGGCGAUAGACGAGGCCAUUUCCAAGGCUGAGUUCGACACUGCCAGUCAGGAGAAGCAGAAUGAGGCUCUGUACCUGCGGGAGCACCGAGGACAGCUCAUUGAAGAACUGUCCAAAACUAUUGUGCAGAAAAUUAUUAGUAGGAGAAACACUUUGGCUGAGAUGAGGGCAGAAUACGACCAGGUUUGGCCAAUUGAACACACCACUGACCUUCAUCACCCUCAUCAUCAUCAGCCCGACUGUGAUCAAGCCUGCAGCUCCAUUAAACACCAAUCAGGCCUCUGGAGGUCACACUCUGCUUUCUCCCUGCUGGACAAUAACCCUGCAGGUCAAAUACAAAACUCUCAGUCGCUGAAGAAGGACGGAGGCACUCUGUCGACCUGGAAGAGUGUCGACCGGCUGGACAACGCUGAUGUGUCAUCGGUGCUGAAGAGUCCAGACGGGAACUGGAUCGCCCUGCAGAGCGCACAGCUGUCCCGCCCCAGCCUGCUGACGAAGAGGAAGAGCCCGUUCCUCAGCACCCUGGAGAGGGAGUCUGAAGUCAUGUCCGCCUACGAGGGAAUGGGCUCCGACAACGAAACGAAACCCAAGCCCGACAGCUCCUGGGGCGGCGUCCUGCAGGAGAUCCACAGGAAGAUGACGGACUCUAACUUCAACCUGCAGGACGGGAUCCCCUUCCAGCUGCCGGGAAGCAGAGACGACCUGUUCUCUGACUCGGACGACGAGAGGAAGCCCAAAUCUCUGCUGGCGCUCUUUAAGAGGAAGGUGCCCGCGGAGAUCAGGAAACCUGCAUCGCCAAGGAGGACGAGCGUCAUCGACGUGAACUAUAACGUGGAGGGAAAUGGAGAGGAAGAGGAGAGCAUGGUGGCUGCAGAGCCAGAAGUUUUGAAAUUCAGGAGAUCCCGGAAGAAAAGGAGGAGUAAAAAGUCUUCUUCUGUGCGGCCAGAGGAUGAGAGCGAGGAAGACGACCAUUACCAAACAUAUGAGACUGCGAUUCCGGACACUUUGCCCUCUGGAGCCUCGACCCCUGAGUCUGUUGACCUUGAGAGUGACAUGACAGGAAGUGGAGCCGAUCAGACUCAGCAAGACCUCACGUCACAACUGCAAUUUUCGAAGUCCUCCAGCGAAGAAGAAGAAGUGGAAUUUGAAGGAGAAGAAGCUGAGGGUGGAGGUGCGAGAGACGCUAGCGAGGAUGAACAAAGGGAGGAAGACAGACGAGAAAGUGAGGACGGAUAUGAGGAAGACGAGGGUCUAUGGAGGAUGGAUAUCGACCCUGAGGAAGGAAGAACAGCGGAAGACGAGGAAGCGGAUGAUGAAGAGAUGGAAAGCAGAUUGUACAGGCUCAUCGCACACUCCAGACGCACGUACUUCUCUUCAACUGAUGACGAUUUAGACAAAGUUGGGCAGAGUGACAGGGAGUGUGACGAAGACGAGGACGAAGAUGUGAAAGAGGAAAAGACGGAGAGACUGAACUCAAAACUCUGUGAGCUGGAGAAAGAAGUCCGGGCCAACCAGUUCUCCUCCACCGAGGACGAGCUGGACCGAGUUGGAGUCAUGGAUGAAAAAGAAGAAAAGAAGGAGGAUGAGGAGGAAGAGGAGCUGACAGUGAAAGUGUGCAGAUUAGUAAACCAAGCAAACACAACCAUGUUCUCUUCCACAGAGGACGAGUUAGACCGAGUGGGAAGAGAUGAAGAAGAGGAGGAAGCGAAAGACGAGGAGAAGUUGUGGAAGAUGCAGCAGGAACAGGACGUCCAGGUCACUCAACUCAGAGACCUGGCCAGCCUGGUGAGCGCUUCUCAGUUCUCUUCCACCGAGGAUGAGCUGGAUAGAGUUGGAGAGAACGAAGAGGAGGAAGUAAAUGAAGAAGGAAUUGCGAGGGAAGAGAUUAUCGGGGAGAGGAGAGAGUCUCUCGAAGAUUUAGAUGUGGACAUGUUUGAUUUAAGGGAUGAAAAUGAGGAUAGGAAGAUGGAGAGCAGUGAUGAAGAUCAAACGGAGUUAGAGGUAAAGGAAGAUCGCAUGCAGGAGAGAGUACCAGACAAGGCUGAAAAGGUGGUAAAGCGGUACAUAUGUGAAGAAGAGGUUAAACAAGCAAAGGGCAAAGAGAGAAGACAAGAGGUGGAGUUUGAAACAGUCACACAAGCUGAGAAAACAGAGGAUGUAAUCUUCAACACGGCAAAGGUCCAACAAGAGAAUGAAAAAGAGGCAAAGCGGCAAGAACAAGAGAAACAGGAAGAGGUAAAGAUCAACAAAGAGAGUCAGGACGCAGCAUCCGACAGCGAUGUGGACGACGCUGAAUUUGAGAGGAUCAUCAGCAGCAUGUUGACGAUGACUUUGGAAGACAUGCAGGUCGGGACAUUAAAGGACGAAGCUGCAGAGAACAGGAGCGAUAUAGAAACGGAGGAUACAGAUGAGAGUGCAACAGUUGGGGGAUUCGAGGACAACGCUGUCGAUGCACAAAGCACAAAAGCGUCAGAGGAGACAGGGAAGGAGUUGCAGAGUCGAGGCGACAACGUGAAAGGAGAUGUGCAAAUUGGGGGAGACAUUUCCAGAAAAAAGGAGAGUGGAGAUGCUACAGGCGGGAAUGAGAAUGAGCAGCAGGGAAAAGACACAGAUGUAGGAAAAAUGAAUGCAACCAUGGAAGAGACACCUGAGGUCAAACAGACAUGGGAGGGAAUAGAAGAGGAUGAUAAGGAACAAGAGGAAAGAAGAGGAAACGUCCCGACAAAGAUGGAGACACAGGGGGAUCGUGAAAGUCAAGAAACAGAUGAGAGACGGGGAGAAACCAAAGAGACCGUGGAGGACAUGGAGCAGAGCAGCACGCCUUCUCCUCACGACGGUUUACUUUCACCUGAGGAGAUUCAAAAUGGUAGCGACCUGGAGCUUUACAAAACACUUCAGUUUAUAUCCACUCUGCUGGAGCAGAGGUACUCGGCGGUGUCUCUGCGCAGCAUCACCACGGAGGUGCUGAAGGUUUUGAAUGCCACUGAAGAGCUGCUGCUGCUGCAAGGGGGGGAGGGAGGAGACGGCCCAUCACCCUUCUCCUGGCUGCCCCCCGACACCGACCCGAAGAAACUGGACCAACAGUUUUCCCGACUGGAGGAGAACGUGUACGUGGCGGCUGGAGAGGUGUACAGUGUGGAGGCGGAGCUUGGAGACCUGGAGGAGUGCGCCCGCGGCGUCUGCAGCGACACGCCCGACCUGGAGCUCAGCUUCCUGGAGGAGCAGGUCGCCUCAGCAGCCGCUAAGGUGCAACAGUCUGAGCUGCAGAUUUGUGACAUCUCGGCCAGGAUUGCUGCUCUGAAGAGUGCAGGCCUGAAUGUGGACACACAGCAGGCACGCUUCACCAAGACCCGGACCGUUCCAUUUAUGCCGGUCACUGUGGACUCAUCGAGACAGCUGAGGAGGAGACUACCUGCUCCCCCUGUGAAAGAGGAAAAAGAGGAAAACUAACUCUACGAGCGAGACCUCAGCAGUGCCUUCCCCUGCAGCCUGCAGGACAGCCGUGCCUUGAUUUAGACUAAAACUGUGUCACUGAAACGGCGUACGUACAGCAGAUACAGUACUGUAUAACGGUUGGAGUUAAUCUGGUGAUGAGAAGAGGGUUGACCCUUCAGCUCAGUAGAAAUUCCCCAACAUUUGACUUUAUGACUCUUAGAUUUCCAUAAAGUGGGAUAAAGCUGAAAUGAUUACAGUAGUUUAUUACAGCAUGAGAACAAGAAAUCAUGAUUUAAUGAAAAUAUUUGAUUUGAUUUAUUUUAACAUCAGUAGAAGUCCAUCUGCUGAUGAGAACAGCUAAACAAACAUUGUAUAAUGACUGAAAUGAUCAUCUAAAACCUGCAUUUACACCACUUUUACCGUUAUAUCAUAAAUAUACAGAUACAUGGGAUUAAACGAGUGUUGCUGCUAGACUGUAUCAUGUCUAAAAUAAAUAUAGAUAUCUAUUUGUGAUGUUGUAUGUACAUACAUGUACAGGAAACCAAUCAGUCUAUGUUAUAAUAAAGUAAACAUUAAAAAAGACACGUUGCCUUACUGUAUGAGUGUUUCUCUCCGAGGUAAACAGCAGGCAGACACUGUGCGUCAGGUGAAGGUGGGUGUAACGGUGAGGAAUUUAGCCUGUAUUUUUGAGAUGAGGAUGUGACACCCGAACAUGACAUUCCUGCUUAUGAAGAAGGUGUGGGAAGGACACAUAACAGCCGUCUUUCAGAAAAAAAUGGUCUGAAAACAAACAUCCAGCGG